AUGAGUUAUUCUUCUUCCUCCAAUCCUGGAUGGAUACACGAUGUGUUCAUCAAUUUUAGAGGGAAAGAUACUCGCAAGACUUUUGUUUCUCAUCUCUAUGCUGCUCUCACAAAUGCUGGAAUCAACACUUACAUCGACCGCAUGCUUCACAAGGGAACCGAGUUGGGACCAGAACUAUUGGCAACAAUAGAAAGGUCUCACAUAUCUAUCCUUGUUUUCUCCAAAAGAUAUACAGAAUCUAGUUGGUGUCUUCAAGAGCUAGAUAAAGUCAUGGAAUGUCACAGAACUCAUGGCCAGGUGGUUGUGCCCAUAUUUUACAAUGUUGACCCCUCGGUUUUGCGUCAUCAUAAGGGUGCUUUCGGGAAAGCUUUGCAAUCAACUGCUAGAAAAUUAUACUCAGAAAGAGAAUUGAGGGAAAAGGCUCUGUUGAGUUGGAAGAAUGCACUCACUCAAGCUUCAAAUUUGUCUGGUUGGGAUGUCACCAAUUAUAGGUAA